AUGUUUAUCGAAUUUAAGAAAGAAAGGAAAAGAAAAGAGAAAAACAAAUCCAACGUGGCCCUUUUUUUUAAUAAUCUCAUUCACCAAAACCCUAACCUCUCCUCCCAAUCCCAAUUCGUCACAAUCUUCACAAUCCGCCGCCUCAACCCCAACCCGAUCGUCCCUUUCUUCGUCAAUCGCCGCCACGGACUCCUCCCUCCCCAGAUCCGAGAGGUCUCGGAUCGUCGUCCUCAGCUAUCUUUCCCUUUCCUCUCCGAGAACGUCAAGGAUCGCACGAGAGAUAUCUUGAGCGUCGUGAUGGCUCUCUUGUUCGGAGUCGGGUGUGGUGCCUUGACCGCGGCGACUAUGUAUCUUGUUUGGGCUCUGGUUGUGAAUCGUCGCGGAUAUGGUUUCGAUGAGGAGGAAGAAGAUGAUUACGAGAACGAGGAGUCUGAUGAAGCUAGCUUGAAGAAGUUCGGUUACGUUAAGAUCCCUGAUCCUGUUGUCAAGGGAGCUGCUUAA